AUGGAGUAUGGUGAUGUUAGGGAGAGGUAUAGGGAUUGGUUUUUGUCUGUAAGCUGCUCUUCUUGGGGGUUGUCAGCUAUUGGUGCCAUUGAAGGUAUCAGCAAGUUCAAGUUUGUGACUGGAUCACUUAUCAGCCUCCUUGAACAAGGGAGGAUGGUCAAAAGCAAUGAAACCAAGUUCAUGAUUAACACUGACUCUGAAGGGAUAUCAGAGUCAGAAAGGGAAUUGAAGGAUCUAAAAGAACAACCAAGUGAUGCCUGCCCUGUCGGCCCUUUAAUAAAGAAAUGUUGCACGCUUGACCAGGGUAAUGCUGUUGCUACAUUUCUAGAUGCAAUAUUGAAUAAGGCACUCCGUACUGUUGCCUUGCGUGCUGCUCGUGGCCGCGGGAAGUCAGCUGCACUUUGCUAUUGCUGCAGAGUAAUUGCAGGGUAUUCAAAUAUCUUUGUAAUUGCACUGAACCCCGAGAACUUAAAGACCUUGUUCGAAUUUGUUUGCAAGGGUUUGGAUGCAUUGGAUUAUAAGGUGAAGUAUCUCUCUAUUCCCAUGGGUGGCAAAGAUAGACAAAUGAUUGUCAGACAGGGGCAAGCUUUCAUGCCUAGAAUCAAGACUGGUAGAUCCUUUACAGUAGAGAGCAUGUGCGACUUUACUGAAGCAGAACAUAUGCAGAAGAACCUUGAAUCAUCCUCUGAUUUAAAAGCUGCUGAUGAAACUAAGGCUGACUUGAAGAUCACUCCUGAAUUGAAGGAAGAAACAAUUCCCAGGGAGGCUAAAGAUGAAAACAGUGCAAGACAAGCCAUUACGGUUGGCAUGCUUCACUUUAUCUGGUAUCUAUACGCCAGUGGUAUGUCCCUAAUUGUAUACUUGACUGAAACUUACAGAGAAGAGAACGUGAAAAAUGCAACUGGCACAUCCAUGUUAGCUCAGGAGAAUCAGGCAAUUAAGCGAUUCUUAAUCCCAAACCCUAAACAUUGCUCCACAAGUCAAAACUUGGUCAUACCAGUGCCACACAUUUUUCAACUGCUAAUAAAACUCAAAAAGAGGCCAGGACGACUCACCCUAACAAGACCAAAGGAGCCAGAAUUUGAGACAUCACAGCGUGUGCGCUCAGUUAGAGUGAAGAGUACUGCUGAGCUGGAAGAAGAGAUGAUGGCCAAAAUUCCAAAGUUUAAGGCUCGUCCAGUAAACAAAAAGAUUCUUGAAGCGCCAUCAUUACCUGCAAUGUCAAGAAGUACCCCACAGCCACCUGCAUUUCAGAUUAUAUAUGGCGUUGAUAGUGCAAUGUGCAUUGGUUAUAAAUUGGGUGUUUGUUUUGGAAAUUGGGAAACUGUGAAAUUUUUGAUUCCUCAAGAACUGCAGAAUUUGUUCUCACUGAGGUUAGAGCACAACAAUAUAUCUGGGGAAUUGGUGUCACUGAUCUAUUGCCUCAGUCUUGCAAUGGUGAGCUUGUGCCAUCCAAGAAGCUCAACUUUUUCAUCUGGAACAAAUUCAGCUCUGGAUCUUAGUGGAAAGACAAUCGGGUUUAGAUCCUAUAAAUCUGAAUUCCCACCUUUUCCAACAGUGAUUGGUUUCAAUCAAAUAUGUGAAAUCUUGCCUCACAGGUUUCCGUUUCUUUUGGUGGAUAGAGAGAUUGAGUACAACCCAAGUGUUUCAACUUUGCUAUUAAGAUGUGACGACCAAUGA